UACGAUCCCAGUCCCAAUGUGAAAAGAACGAUUUACGUGAUCGUAAACCAGACUCCUGUACUAGCAUCGAAACAGCUUGCACGCGGCAGUUCUUCGAUUUUUGUUUGCAAAUCACAAAAUGUCGGCUAUUGAAAGGUCUCUUCGGUCAGUGUUUGUUGGCAACAUCCCUUACGAUGCGACAGAAGAGAAACUCAAGGAUAUCUUCUCGGAAGUCGGACCAGUCAUCAGCUUUCGUCUGGUCUAUGACCGCGAGUCUGGCAAACCCAAGGGCUAUGGUUUCUGCGAGUAUAAGGACCAAGAGACCGCCCUCAGCGCUAUGCGCAACCUGAAUGGUUACGAGCUAAACGGGCGAGCACUAAGAGUGGACAAUGCAGCGAGCGAGAAAAACAAGGAGGAACUGAAAAAUUUGGUCCCUGCAGCACCAGCUAGCGACUCGCCGUUUGGAGAUGCGGUUCCGCCUCACGAAGCACCUGAAGCAAUCUCCAAAGCAGUGGCCAGCUUGCCUCCCGAACAGAUGUUUGAACUCAUGAAACAGAUGAAGCUGGUGAUUCAGAACAACCCUGUGGAGGCCAGGAACAUGCUACUGCAGAACCCUCAGCUUGCGUACGCGUUGCUCCAAGCCCAGGUGGUUAUGCGUAUCGUCAGUCCAGAAAUUGCAGUGACCCUCCUUCAUAAGCAACUCAACACUCCACAAACCCUCCUGCCACCAGAGAUGCCGCAGCCAGUCAUGGCACAACAGCAACAGCAGCAACAACAGAUGUCUCAACCGAUGCAGCAGCAAUCGCAGCAGCAGCAGACGAUGCUAGGAGGGCAGGGUCCAGGUAUGGGCAUGCUAGCUGGCAUGCAGGGUGGGGCCGGGCCACGCCCUGAGAUGACACAACGACAACAGGGACCGGGGAUGAUGCGUCCAAUGCAGGGCCCAAAUCCUAUGGACAGAGGACCAAUGGACGGCCGAGGUCCCAUGAUGCAACAGGGCCCGCAAGGACCAAUGGGAAUGGACCGUAUGGAAACAGAGCAUAUGGGCCAGCGCGGCAUGCCGUUAGGUCAAGACCAACGCGGACCGUUUGACCAUCGCAAUCAGAUGGAUCCUCGUGGUCCGGCACCAGACAUCAGAGGUCAACCUGACCCAAGGUCACAUGAUCCGAGGUCACUUGACCCUAGACGACCUGACAUGAGAGGUCAGGAGGUCCGGGGCUUUGACGGUCGUAGUGACCCGAGAGCUCAACCUAUGAUGGGUGUUGACCCUAGGGUCUUGGAGAGAGGAAUGCCGGGUGGGCCUCAGGGUGGACCCAGUGGGCCAGGCGGUCCAGGUGGCCCAGGAUUUACCAAUGCACAACCCACACAACAAGAGCAAGACAAGGCGGCUCUGAUCAUGCAAGUGCUUCAGCUGUCCCCAGAACAGAUCAACCUACUCCCGCCAGAGCAGAAAGCUAGCAUCAUGUUCCUGAAAGACCAGAUUGCACGUAGUCAGGGACAGAUCCCAUAAAGAGAAAGUAAAUAAGGGCAGUAACGUGGAGUUGGUAAGCACAGAAAGCUGCUCAGUGUAAGAAUAGUUUGCUUAUUGGCUGGUAUCCCGUUUUAAGAUUGCCAGCCAGUGAUGUGUAUUUCUUGUAACUGGUGCCCUGCGACCGUCGCUAAGCAGUAUUUUGCCAUUAGUAGUUCCAUGAAAUUGGCUCCUAGAAGUGGGAGUUUAGGUACUAGACCACGUCAGUUUUGUUACAUUUUAAUGUUUGAAACGUUAAUACUAUUCCGAUUUUGCCGGUAUAGUGUGAAAUUUGGACUAAUUGAUUGUAUUGCACAUGUCUAAGUGGAGAUAAUUAGGGAAGUGACAGGUCACGUUUGUCCAUAUAAGGUAAAAGAUAACAGAUUUCUUAGAGUCCAAAUUUUCGAUGACACUGGGUCUCCAACCAGUCUGCUCCCCCCUCUGUCACAACCUGCCCCGCCCACGCCUACAGCCCACUCCAACCCAGAUAUCAAAACACAAUGUUUUCUAUCAUGCAGUGUGGCAUCUCAACUUUAGCAAUGUGUUCGGGUCAGCAAAAUACAUUUCUUUUAUCUCGGAUGAAAUGAUGUCAUUUUAUGUCGCUCAGACUUCAAGUUGUCCAGAAACGUUCAUUGUUCACAUUCCACCUGCGACAGUUAAUAGGUUGUAAUUAUUUGGAAUGCAAAUCACUACCCCUUUGAAGUCUUAAAAUCAAGUGCUGCUAGUUCCUCCAAGUACCCACAAUAUUAUUUUGGAUAAUUUUUGAAGGAAAAAAAUCAAGAACUUUUCUCUACACAUAACUGACCUUCUGUAUUCAUUGCGCUUUUUUUAUUUUGGGGGAAAACGGCACCAAAUAAACACAUCAUUAUUGAA